AUGUCUCAACCAGAGUGGACUGUUGCAGAUUUUAUCUAUCGGGGCUGGUGGUGGAAUAAUCGCGGCAUUCUAUUGUUGAAUGUAUAUCUUCUACUGCCGCUUCUAACUUCCACGGUCAAUGGACUUGAUUCAUCCCUGGUCAAUGGUCUCCAGAUUCUACCAGCUUGGCAGGAUCAGUUUGGUCAUCCAAAAGGAAAAGCGUUGGGCCUGAUCAACUCUGCACAGAUGAUCGGAGGUCUUGUGGGCCUUCCGUUCACUCCCUUCUGCUCUGACAAGUUUGGUCGGCGAGCAACGUUGUUCAUUGGCUCAUUGUUCAUGCUGGGGGGCGUUGCGAUGCAGUCCACAGCAAACACAGUUGGCAGAUUUGUAGGCGCCCGCGUACUCAUUGGAUCCGGACUCACUUUUGGCACGAAUGCAGCUCCACUGCUUAUUACGGAGCUAGCGUAUCCCACACAGGCGAGACGUGGUAAGCUAACCUCCAUAUACAACGCCUCAUGGUAUAUGGGGAGUAUCAUCGCUGCAUGGACCUGUUUUGGCGCGUUCAAUGGAGCCCCGAACUCCCUCUGGUCUUGGCGAAUCCCAACUCUCAUCCAGGCGCUGGGCCCCUUGCUUCAAGUGUGUUUGAUUUGGUUGAUUCCAGAAAGUCCUCGCUGGUUGGUAUCAUCAGGACGUGAGGGCCAGGCAGCAAGAAUCCUUGCCAAUCUACACGCUAACGGAUUCGACGAAAGAGACCCUUUAGUAAUAUUCGAGAUGGCACAAAUCCGGCAUGCCCUCAAUAUGGAGAAGGAAAUCUCGAAUUCAACUUCGAUCAAGGCCCUGUUUUCCACGCCCGGUAACAGAAAGCGGAUGAGGCUCAUCGUUGGCAUAGCCCUAUUUUCACAAUGGAGCGGAAGUGGCUUGGUCUCUUAUUACAUCAACCUUGUACUCGAAGGGGUGGGGAUUACGAGCACGUCUACAAAAGCUGCUAUCAACGGAGGAUUGCAGAUCUGGAACUUGACUGCUGCCAUGACUGGUGCUCUGCUCAUUGAUAGACUCGGUCGAAGGACGCUCUUCAUUAUAUCUAACGCAGGCAUGCUGAUUGCCUUUUCCAUAUGGACGCUAACUACUGCUCUCUUCGACACUAUCGAUUCUGCGCCAGCUGCAAGAGCGACCAUUCCCCUCAUUUUUGUUUUUUAUCUGUUCUAUGACGUGGCAUAUACUCCAAUGCUCGUAGCAUACACACUGGAAAUUCUCCCAUACACCAUCAGAGCUAAAGGCUUUGCCCUCAUGAACUUGACGGUGUCGCUGACAUUGGCCUUUAACCAGUUCAUCAAUCCAUGGGCUCUUGAAGCCAUUGGCUGGAAAUAUUAUCUAGUAUAUUGCGGAUGGCUCGGUCUCGAGCUGAUCUUCGUCCUUAUCUAUGUCGUGGAGACUCGUGGACGCACACUGGAAGAAACAGCGGCUCUAUUUGAUGGUGAGGACAGACCAGCAGAUCUUGUCCAGAUGGGCGGCGAAGCGGCGACCAUGACCAUGAGUCGGGGCGCCGUAGCCAUUGAGUCGAGACGGGAGACGCCUACAUAUGUGAGGCCAGAAAAAAGGUUGACAGGCGAGAGCCACGAGCUGCGUAUGACUCGUUCGACAUUCGAGAUGGAUCGAUGGGGAGAGUCUAGUGGAACCCACGCGUUGUAG